CUAAAGUUCAUCUUUUCUCCACAACCUUUACUUGAUCUUCUUCUCCUUUUGUUCGCUUUUCCUUCUUCUUUUUCCUCUUACAUCUUUCGCUUCCCUUUUCUUGCUCUAACUUUUUCUACUCCAUAACAUUAUAUAUCAGAACCAUAAUUAGUCUUGAUAUUAACAACGAGAAGAAAGAUUGAAGCUAUCAUUAUCUUCAACUUUUUCUCCUCCAUUCUUUGUAUUAUAAUAAGCUCUUAUUUUUGAAUAUAUUAUAUCCUCUCUUUAACUGUAUAAAUAUCCCGUAACUCAUAACAACAUUACUAUCUCAGAAUAGUAUGAUUAAACCGCAUAUAUAUAGUAAAAAGUACGGUGAAAACAGCAGCAAACUAGAUGCAACAGUCACGUCAGCUUAUGGCCUACCACCACCCACUAACGAAGAUGUCAAUGCUCGGUUAAACCAAAUCGACGAUAUGAAGCUGUUCUUUACGACAGCUACUCAUAACUGGGACCCUUCAAAAUCAGUUAAAAAGUUCGCUCUACCUGGUGGUGAGAACGUCGCAUGCGUGCUUUGGAAUGACCUCUUCUUUAUUAGUGGUACUGAUAUCGUACGCUCUCUCAACUUUCGCUUUCAUGCCUUCGGUAGACCAGUUACAAAUGCAAAGAAAUUUGAAGAAGGCAUUUUCUCAGAUUUGCGUAAUCUAAAGCCCGGUCAUGAUGCUCGGUUGGAAGAGCCCAAGUCAGAAUUGCUCGAUAUGCUGUACAAGAAUAACUGUAUCCGUACGCAGAAGAAGCAGAAGGUGUUUUAUUGGUUCUCAGUACCUCAUGAUCGACUGUUCCUUGAUGCUUUAGAACGUGAUUUAAAACGUGAAAAGAUGGGUAUGGAACCUACAACAAAAGCUGUAGCUGAGCCAGCCACCUCUAUUUCGUUAGACUCAACCCAAGAGCUAUUUGAUCAGAUGAGACGAACUAUGUCACAAUCAAUCAUUCCUUCCGAUACCUUCUCAACAACAACAUCAAAGGAUGGGAAAAGGCGCUCUCCUAAACUGGGCUCGAGUACCUUCCUCAGUUCAAAAGUCACCAAGAAUAAAGUAUCGGAUGAAGAUCAUACGUCUUGGUCACCCUCACAAUCCAGAUUAGAACGUGCUGCUGUGCAAGCGAAAAGAGCUCGUGUUAAUUCUGUGCCUGCAAAGCUUGGUAAGCAACAGCAAUCACAAUUGCUGCAUCAACAACGUUAUCAUCGCUUAAGUCAUGGCUCUUAUUUUGCUGGAAAGACCAUUGGCUCUUCUUCUGUUACCCGUCUUCGAUCUGGCCGUGUCAUACCAAGUUCUACUACGUCCUCUAUGCUGUCGAAUACUACAGAUACUACUUCUACAGAUGACAGUUUUCGAGAUGAUUUGAGUAAUUGUAGUGGUACAACUGCCUUGACAGAUAUCUCCAAGCCCUCAACAGCCAAUAUAUCUUCUCCCAUGAUUCCUUGUCAUAACAACGAACAUCAGCAACCAGACUACAUGGAUCCAAUUUCAAAUGGAGUGAAUGAUCUAGACAUCACUGCUUCUAUGUCCAACAGCACUACUCUUACUCAUAAGAAUUUUGAUCAGCAACAACAACAACAAGAACAGCAUGAAGUAACUCCUUCAAAAUCAGUUGAUCCCAAUGUGUUAAAGAAGUCCAAAACUAUUUUUGGAAGCUUGAGUUUAUUUGAUGGAUCACCAUCGUACAAACAGAGAAGACGUCGUGCAACUUCAGUUUCUAUGUCAGCUCAAAACUCUCAGUUACAAUUGACACACACAUUUGCUGGUAGUAGACCGGAACGGAUUCGUCGCCAACAUCAACCAGCAACAGGCAUAGUUACCUUACCACAGCUUUCCCAUAGCCUAAGUAAUAUGAAUAGCAACAGUACUAGUCGACUCGCUAUGGCCGCUGCAAAAGCGGGUUUUGUAUCCGGAAGCCAACUAAUGGCCAUUACACCUACAUCUUCUCCUACUACUUUAUUACCUGUUAUACCUACAAGUCAUCAUUCUCAAGGUUGGUCCACAACAGCUGCAGCACAGCCUUAUUUUCACCAUCAUCCGUAUCAGCAGCAACAAGAUAUUCAUUGUCCCGUUAUGGAAUGCAGACACGUAUUCAAUAAAUCGGAAAACCUUGAACGUCAUAUGCAUGCUGCACAUAUGUUCGUAUGCGCAUUAUGUGGCAAAAACUUUUCUCAAUCAGGAAUUCUUGCACAGCAUCAUCGACUUGAACAUGAAAUCCAACCAUAUGACUACACACCUCCUACUACAUCAUUCUUGAAUGAUAACGACGAUGAUUCAUCUCCAGACAUAAAUCAGCCUUAUCAACGAGGACUGUUCGAUACAAAUACCAGUCAACCCUUUUUGUACCAACAACAGCAACAGCAGGGAACUGGUCAGCGUUGUGAUAGUAGGCCGACUCAAGGAUUCUAUUCAACCAAUCGACAUUCAUUCGAUAAUAUUACGCGUUCUUCUAUUACUGGUCUAAGUGCUGCUGAUAUUGCUCCCGCUGCUGCUGUUAUGGCUGUUGCUGCUACCACCGCUAGUAGUGUAAAAGGCAGUUAUUAUAGUAGUAGCCGUUGUAGUACCCUUAGUCCAAUGCUCGAUGUUGAUUACGACAUGUCUGAUAUUGACACAUCCGUAAGCCGGCAACAGCAACAACAACCGACUCACAAUACAACCAUCAUGGGAAAUAUGCCAGCACGUAGAACUAGCCACCCACUUAUGCCAUUGGAACCCAUAAAUUCAUCUACUGCUACCACAGGGGUGAUGGUGAAUAACAAUAAUAUCAUGGACAACACGCUAUUUUCAGCCAUUCACGGUUCGGUGAGUACUAGUCAAGCAUUUGUCACUCCCCCAAUGGCUAUGAGUAGUAGGUCCUCUUCUAUAUCAACCUCCAACUUGAUAUAUAAGAAGAAUUUCAACAACCCCAAUUCCUCUCCGAUGGAAGACGAUCUCACUUCUUCAUCUGCUUCCUCACCUAGUUCAACGUUUCAGUUUGGAAAUAACCACAGCACUUUUCACAGUAAAGAUGAAAAUGGUCGCUUCCUUUCCACCCAUAGGAAAUCGAUAACAGCGCCUUUGACAUUGCUUUCUCCUUUCAAACCAAUACAGUAUCAACAGCUUAAUGUUCAAUCUGACGAUGAUGAGGAAUACCGUCAACAACAAAAGGAGACUAUUUCCAAUUCUGUUACUAGUAGUGCAACGAUAUUAGUACCUACUUCUAGCUCUGGAGCCAAUCAUUCUUUGAUGAUGGACUAUCAGCAGCGUCAUUACAAUUUAACUCAACCUAUUUUUGAUGAAAAUUCAAUGUUGAUGUCUUUCAACAAUCCAAACCACUUUAAUUUUAAUACAACAGUUUCACCUACUUCUUUAUUGAAUGACUCCCAUUCCAUCCAUACAACUUUUAUUGAUCAACCUCAAUACACUUCCACUCCUUUUAUCAAUAUGACCGAUAUGAAUAAUAUCGUUUUUGGCGCUUAAAACGAUCACAUCUUAACUAUAUACAAACCAGUGACUAUAACAAAACGACAGUAACAAAAAAAAUUUGAAAAAAAAUUACAAAAUCGCCCAAAAAAAAAAAAAAAAAAAAA